AUGUCGCAGACGAACUGGGAGGCUGACAAGAUGCUCGAUGUUUACAUAUACGACUAUUUUAUGAAGAGAAAUUUGCAGGCAACUGCAAAGGCCUUCCAAUCAGAAGGGAAGGUUUCUUCAGAUCCAGUUGCAAUUGAUGCACCUGGUGGGUUUCUUUUUGAGUGGUGGUCAGUUUUUUGGGAUAUAUUCAUAGCAAGAACAAACGAGAAGCAUUCAGAUGUUGCAGCGUCAUAUAUUGAGACGCAGCUCAUGAAAGCCCGGGACCAACAACAGCAGUUACCUCAACAGCGGCAGCAGCAACCACAGCAUAUACAAAUGCAACAAAUGUUGUUACAAAGAGCCGCACAACAGCAGCAGCAGCAACAUCAGCAGCAGCAGCACCAACAUCAGCAGCACCAACAGCAGCAACAGCAGCAGCAGCAGCAGCAACAGCAGCAGCAGCAACAGCAGCAGCAGCAGCAGCGUAGAGAUGAUUCUUAUCUUCUUAAUGGUACUUCAAGUGGACUUUCUGGAAACAAUCCUUUAAUGCGACAAAACCAAAGUACCGCAAAUGUUAUGGCGACCAAAAUGUAUGAGGAGAGGUUAAAGUUGCCUUCCCAGAGAGACUCUUUGGAAGACACAUCUAUGAAGCAAAGGUAUGGAGAAAAUGCUGGGCAACUACUUGAUCCGAAUGAAACAUCACUGCUGAAAGCAGCUGCAAGUGGACAAUCCUCAGGGCAAAUUUUGCAUGGUUCCAUUGGUGGUUUGUCGGGCACUAUGCAACAAAUUCAGGGUAGAAGCCCCCAACUUCCAGGGCAUGCUCAGAGUAUCAAGACAGAGAUAAAUCCCAUUUUGACACCUAGAGCUGCUGGUCCUGAGGGGUCAUUCAUGGGUCUACAAGGAUCUAAUCAAGCUGCCAAUAAUUUGACUCUCAAAGGAUGGCCACUCACAGGACUUGAGCAACUUCGGUCUGGAAUUCUACAGCAGAAGUCAUUCAUGCAGAAUCAACAUCAAUUGCAACAACAGAUCCAAUUUCUGACUCCACAACAACAGCAGCAGCUUGCGUUGCAGGCGCAGCAAAAUAUGGCUUCCCCAACAUCUAGUGAUGUUGACAGCAGAAGAUUGAGGAUGAUGUUUAACAACAGGAAUGUAGUUCUUGGGCGGGAUGGGCAGACCACAAGCGGUGGAGAUAUCAUUCCAAAUAUUGGCUCUCCUAGUCAAAGUGGUGGUGAUAUAGACAUGCUAAUAAAGAAGAAAAUUGCUAAUGCACACCACCACCAGCAGCAACAGCAACAACUAUUACAACAACAAAGCAAUAGCCAACAGCAGCACCAUCAGGCUGUCUCUAGUCAGCAGUCUCAAAGCUCAAAUCAGCUUCUCCAACAAGAAAAGCCAGGAACUGGAAAUAUGCCUGUUGAUGGGGGCAUGCCGAAUUCUUUUGGGGCCACCGAUCAAUCAACGAAGAAAAGAAAGAAGCCUGGCUCUUCCUCGGGUAGAGCUAAUAGUUCAGGAACUGGAAAUACUGCUGGCCCGUCUCCAGGUUCUGCACCCUCGACACCUUCCACUCAUACACCAGGAGAUCCGAUGCCAGUACCACAACUUCAGCAGAAUGGUGUUUCAGCAAAACCCUUGGCAAUGUUUGGCUCUGAUGGCACUGGAAGCUUGACAUCUACCUAUAAUAAUAAAAAUGCUUCAUUACAGGGUGAUGUGGACCGUUUGCUGGAAGAAGGAUUGGAUGAAAAUGUUGAAUCUUUUCUGUCACAGGAUGACAUGGAUCCCAGGGAUACCUUGGGACGCUGCAUGGAUGCCAGUAAAGGGUUUGGCUUUGCUGAGGUUGCAAAAGCACGUGCAAGUGCAAGUAAAGUUGUUUGUUGCCACUUCUCAUCCGAUGGCAAAUUGCUUGCUACUGGUGGUCAUGAUAAAAAGGUUCUUUUAUGGUGUACAGAUCCCCUGAAGCCUAAAUCCUCGUUAGAAGAGCAUUCAUUUUUGAUAACCGAUGUUCGAUUUAGCCCAAGCAUGUCCCGCCUUGCUACAUCUUCCUUUGACAAAACCGUACGGACUGACUAUUCGCUCCGUACUUUCACGGGUCAUUCAGCAUCUGUGAUGUCACUUGAUUUUCACCCCAAUAAAGAAGAUAUUAUUUGCUCCUGUGAUAGUGAUGGGGAAGUCCGCAGUUGGAGCAUUAACAAUGGUAGCUGCCUGACCUGUGUCAAGGUUUUUAAGGGAGGUGCCACUCAGAUGAGAUUUCAACCCCGCAAAGGAAAAUAUCUAGCAGCUGCAUCAGAGAAGGCUAUCUACAUACUUGAUGGGGAGACACAGCAUGCUUGUAGAAGCCCUUUACAGGUCGCCCGGCUGCUAAUCGACCUCGGCGGCCAAUGGUGGAGCGACGGUGACAAUCUCCGGUGGUGGAGGUGGCGGGAGGAAUGGUCAGAAUCGGUGGCAGCGGCUGGGGUCGUGGCGGUUAUCUUGGCCGACGAGAAUGAGCGGUGGGGUGGCUCUGGGGCUGGGACUCCGUUGCGGGACUGGCGGCGAGAAUAUGUCGGAACCGGGCGAUGGUCAGGCGACGGGGAAGUUUCAGCGUGGCAGUUAGGUUCCCGCUGCAGUGUUUUGGGUCAUACAAAGGACAUUCAGUCAGUUUGUUGGGACUCUGCGGGUGACUAUCUUGCUUCUGUUAGUGAAGAUGCUGUCAGAAUAUGGUCAUUUACUUCUGGGCAGGAUGGUGAAUUUGUGAAUGAGUUGAACUGCAGUGGGAACAAGUUUCAAACAUGUGUUUUCCAUCCAGCUCACCCUUCUUUGCUAGUCAUUGGUUGUUAUGAGUCCUUGGAACUUUGGGACAUCAGGGAGAAGAAUGCCAUGACCUUGAACAAUGCUCAUGACGGUUUAAUUGCAGCCCUAGCAGCAUCGAGCGCAACAGGCAAGGUUGCCUCAGUUAGUCAUGACAGGCUUGUCAAGCUCUGGAAAUGA